AUGUCAUCCAGUACGUCUAGCGUCGUGCAGCACCUCAAAGAGGUCCUAUCCGGCACCACCACCGACCGCACCGCCCUCACCACCUCGGUGCUGCCCGCACUCCUCGACAGCAUCGCCGCUGUCGCCUCGGCCCUCGGCGAUGCGCACCACGUUGCCCUUGCCGGCGGCACCAACGCCUUUGGCGACGACCAGCUGAACGUCGAUGUGAUGGCCGAGAAUCUGAUUCGAGAAGCACUCGCUCGCUGCCCCACAGUCGCCACGGCCAGUUCCGAAGAGGACCCGACUGAACGGCCUAUCUCGUCCGUGUCUGCGUCUUCGUCCGAGGUCUACACCGUGGCCUUUGAUCCGCUCGACGGCAGCUCCAUCAUUGCGCCCAACUGGACCGUCGGCACCAUUGCCGGCGUCUGGGACGGGGCCACCGCCAUUGGCUCGCGCCCAGCCGACGCCCAGAUUGCAUCCGUGCUGGGUGUCUACGGGCCGCGCACGACCGCCCUCAUCGCCCUGCGCGUUCCGGGCGCGGCCAAGCCCGUGUGCAUCGACGUGGGCUAUGCGGCGGCCACGGGCGUCUGGGAGCUUGUCCACCCCGAAGUGACGCUCGCCUCCGCCGCCGAGGCCCGCACAAAAUACUUUGCCCCCGCCAACAUCCGCUGUUCCGCCGAGCUCACCCCGUAUGGCGACCUCAUCGCCCACUACAUCGCCAGCAAGUACACCCUGCGCUACGCCGGCGGGCUCGUCCCCGACCUCGUGCACAUUCUCGUCAAGCGCCACGGCAUCUACCUGUCGCCCGUCACCGCCGCCAGCAAGGCCAAGCUGCGCCGCCUCUACGAACUGUGUCCGGUGGCGCUGGUCCUCGAGACCGUGGGUGGCAAGGCCGUUGAUCCCGUUUCGGGCGAGCCGGUGCUGGACACGCCGCUGGCCGACACAGACGAGCGGGGCGGCCUGGUAUGCGGCACCGCCGAGGAGGUCGACAAGGCGAUGGAGUGGUUGACGAGGUAA